AUGGACACUCCUGUUCGUCGCGUGAUUACUGCACACGAUUCCAAAGGCAAAGCCUACUUUGCUGCGGACGAAACACUCAUUCCAUAUGAUCCAACCACAGUCCCAGAAUUCACCACUCCAGGCCCAAACUCCGGGUUUGGCGUUGUGCAAAUUCACCGAUCGCGCAGCUUCCCGGCCGAUAAUAUGCGCGAACUUCCCGACCCGAACCGAACUCUCGUUCCUCUGGCCGAUACCAAAGGUCCCUCCUGUCGGAUCUUCGACCUCCCUCCCGCUGAAAAAGGAUGGAUGCAUCGAACCUUGAGCUUGGACUAUGCCGUCGUCCUGUCUGGGACUGUGGGUCUGAUCACCGAUGAUGAAGUCGAGAAAAUUCUCAAGCCGCAUGAUGUCGUUGUGUGUCGGGGAACGAAUCACGAGUGGGUAAAUCGUGGCAAGGAUGUUGCCAGGAUAUUUGCUGUGGUUAUACCUGCAAAGGAGAUUAUCACGGAGGACGGUCAGAAACUGGAGAAGACACCGGCUGGGCCCAUUUUUGACCCUGCGGAGGAAGAUUAG